AUGAAGGAUUUAAUGAAAAAAACUUCAGUGGGUCCAAGUAUUAGGUAAACAGUCAGAUCAGAGAAUUUUAAUACACUUAGCCCUCUAAAUUAAAUUGACAAAUCUUAGAGAAAUCAUCUUAAGUUUGUAGUAAACAGCACCAAGAUUCUAAGUAAAACUGAGAAAAAUAGGAAAUUUAGAUCAGGCCAUUAAGAUUAUGAUGAUGAAGGUAUCGAGAGGGUGAAUUUUCCGGACAUUACCUCAUCUCCUUCAUAUAUUAAUACAUAUUUGGCAGAUGCUAGAAAUAAAUUGACGAUUCCCAACUUCAUGAAUUAAAAGAGAUAGCUAAUCAAUCAUUCUUAGGCAGCUGACUAAGAUCACUACAAUAGAAGAAGUAAGUAUGACAGAGCUAAAUUCUUCAAUAAGGCUGCCCUUUCAAAAACGCAAAUGUAGAAUUCCAAAUCUCCGAGUAUUUCAAGAAUUCAAAGAUCAUUGGAUUCAGACUAAAGCCUAACUAGCCUUGAUAAUAAUUUUGGACAUCAAAAGAAAUAAAGCAAAAUGAAUAGAGAUAGCAAUUUUAGCCCUAAUUUAAACAUAACAAUACCAAAGAUAAGCACUAAUUCUCACAAUGUGACAUUUAGCGAUGUUCUUAUGAAGUCUAAAACUACCUUGAAAGAUUAUCAGAACAUAAAUUAGAGGCAUUUCCCCAUGAUCAAGCCUAGUUUAAGGGUUUCAAUUGAUGAUUAAGAAAAAAUAAUUUUUGGCGAGACUUAGUAUCAUAAUCCAUUUAUGGGCUCUAAUGUAAGAUCUUCACUUAGAUUGCAACACAAAGAGAGUAUCGAUGAGCCAGAAUACUAUGUAAUAAAAGAGGCUGAAGUUAUUAGCAAUGAAGAAUUAGCUCUUUAAACAAUUAGAUCUCCUAAAUAAAAGGAAUUAACAGUUGGAAGAUUUAAAGUAGAUAUAGCAUUAUCUUAGGAUCGUGAUAGACUAGAAAAAGAAUGGAUGAAAAAAGCUAACCCAAGAGUCUACAAGUUACUAUAAGAUCGAGAAGACUUCGAAACUAAAAUGAUAAUCAAAAAGAAAAAGAGAAUCGAGGUUAUGAAUCUUUCAAACCAUUAAUGA